AUGAAUAUGAUGCGCACCAAACGUACUAACACGGCUCCGUUGGAAGACGCCUCCACGGCUCCAGCGACCUUCAACGACGGCCUGCCGCUACCAAAGCUGAUCGCCUUUGAUCUGGACUAUACUCUGUGGCCUUUCUGGGUUGACACGCAUGUCAGUGCCCCCGUCAAGUCGCGCGACAACAACUCCCGCUGUACAGACCGGUUCGGCCAUUCCAUCCAUUCCCCUGUAUUUCUCCCCAGUACCAAAAUAUUAAUUUAUAAAUAUAAAAACAGAUGGAACGAAUCUUUCGCCUUCUAUCCCGCCGUAUCUUCUAUCAUCUACGCGUGUAAAAGCCGCGCAAUCCCCCUGGCAUUGGCUUCCCGCACACAUGCCCCGGAUCUCGCUCGCGACAUGCUCAAGGCCCUUCACAUCAUCCCCACGUUCUCGGAUAAUCUAUCAACGAAGACCAAGUCCAUCCGCGCGCUUGAUUACUUCGAUCAUGUCCAGAUCUUUCCCGGGAACAAGACCCAGCAUUUUGCUAGGAUCCAUCAGACUAGCGGGGUGCAGUACGAGGAAAUGCUCUUCUUCGAUGACGAAGCACGGAACCGCAAUGUCGAGACGGAGCUGGGAGUGACGUUUUGUAUGAUUAGGGAUGGUAUGACCCGGGAUGAGGUAGAUCGGGGAGUGUGGGCAUGGCGGAAGAGGAAUGGAAUUAAACGGGAGAAUGGGGAGAGGAAUUGA